AUGUCAUUGAACGGCAAAGUAGCGGAUGACGGCGGUGAGGAGGCAACUAGCGGCGAAAUCGAGGAGCGAAUAGAGGACUUAAAACAGGACAAAGCUAUACAGAAAUCAUCCUUUACUCGGAUAAAGAACAAAUUACUUCGCAUGCUGGACGAACAAGAUUUUCCAAGCCGAAGAGAGAGAAAAGAAAUGUGUCACCAACUCAGCAAUGCUCAGGAACAUGCUAUGGAAACUAUGCAUCAUCUUUCAAUGGAAUACGCGCUCCUUAAAGACAGAGAAAAAAGGAAAAAAGUCGUCGAAGAGAUGGACAAAUUGGAACUAGAAUUUUCGGAGGCGAACGAGAAAGCACAAGAGUAUUUAGAUGCCCGUAAAGAUGAGUUAUCCAGUCUGACAACCGAAGCGUCAGAAAACACCCGUCGCUGUCGAAUUACAGAAAGCGUGGCAAAGAAAAGCGGGGAACAAAUUCGAAGGGACGAAACUAAGCAUAAAGAGAAGGUUGACGAUUACAAAGGGUCAUUACGGGAAUUUAAUCGUCAUUACAAAGAGACAUUCGACUCCUGA